AUGUCCGAACGCAGAUCGAAUCUCCAGUCCCAGAAGCCGCUCCUGAGCCAGGAACUGCUCAAAAAGAAACUGAACAUCUCGAACUUUGACCCCAAUGCUGUCCUGCGAGGCGCCCAGCUUACUGUCGUUGGUGCUCUGCGAGCUUUGCAGAACCCUGCUCUCUUCACAUCCGCACAUUACAAGCAAGCUGCUAUAGCUGUUGCCGCUGGCAUUGCCAUCCGAAUCCUCAUAGGCAUUCCGAUCAUUGGGAUCAAGGUCUUACUGUGGUUCUUGUCUUUCGUUGUGGAUUUCACAAGCACUACAUGGGACAAUGACAUUGUCAAUAGUCUCGACUUUAUACAGAACUAUGUUCUACAGGUCCCUUUCUUUCUUAUGACUAUGAUGCGAUACAUUACGCCAACUCUCGAUAACAUGUCAGUGCUCCUCAUUCUUGUGUUCUUACAUAGAUACAAGCACAAAGGCGAGGAAGUUUCAAGCCUGCGAGAGACAUAUUACACCAACCUACGCAAAUACCCGACUCGAGAUGGUAGCACCCAUUCUAAGAGUACGGCGGAGGCGGUUACGAUGUUUCUCAUGAGAUUCGGCAGGAAAGCGGGCAUUUCUUUGGCAGUCUUCACACUUUCUUACAUUCCAUACGUCGGUCGAUUGGUUCUUCCAGCAGCGAGUUUCUAUACUUUCAAUUCGGUAGCAGGCCUCGGGCCUGCUGCCGUUGUGUUUGGAACCGGAAUAUUCUUACCGAAAAGAUAUCUCGUGAUUUUCUUGCAAAGCUACUUUUCCUCUAGGAGCUUGGUGAGAGAAUUGCUUGAGCCGUACUUCUCUCGAAUCAGGUUCACCAAAGAGCAGAAAAAGCACUGGUUCCACGACAGAGAGGGACUUCUCUUUGGAUUUGGUGUUGGCUUCUACAUCUUUCUGCGCAUCCCUCUGCUCGGCGUUCUCAUCUACGGAAUAGCCGAAGCAUCCACAGCAUAUCUCGUUACAAAGAUUACAGAUCCGCCUCCACCACCAGCUCAAAGCGAAGGUUUUGCCGCAAGCCAGCAAGAGUGGAAGAACAAGCACGAAUUCUUGAACCUCAAGCUUUCGAACCUCGAUGCCCACACUCACAAGAAACCCGACUCGAGCCCAGCUGCCCAAAAUCCGCUAGAGACUGGAAUGUCUUCAGGGGUCCCGCCAGGACCGCCACCAGCAUACAGUGAAUUGAAGUCAAGAUAA